GCGGAGAAAGUAGGCGAGGAACGAACAGGGUCGUGAUUUGAGUUGAGGGUUAGCGACACAGGCUGUCGAAAGAAGCAAUGUCGGGGUGUGGUCACUAUGGUUGCUUAGUCUGCGGUGGGAGUUCCCAAUGUGAAUUAGAUUAGUUUUCGUCCCAACCAACUGCUUUACAGUUGGUAAACUUGGGUCCUCGGCUUCUUCACUGUAGACUAGAGUCCACAGUAUCCACAGCCCAUCACCGCAUUUUUCACAGGGUCGUUCCUGACUCUUCCACUUACCUCCUCGGUUUCGUUGCCACAUUCCUCGGCCCGCCUCUUUCCUCCUGGGUCAUAUUAUCCUUUACUCCUCGGUUUUCAUUCUUAGAAGUUAUUGGAAGGAGAACGUCGCUGUCUUUAGCAUUAGGACCCGCCGGAACGGGUGGCUACGACACGUGACGAUUACUUACGAUUCUUCUGACCCUCCCUUCCUAUGGAAUCGCAUUCCCGGAAGAAGACAAAUGGAAGGUCUUGACUGCCCGCUGUCUCCCCUACCGGAAAACCCCUUUCUUGUUGCCCUUGUCGCCCUGAAGCUGCUCUCCCUCUGGCGAUACCGCACCCGCAUUGUCCCCGCUACUGCCUGAUUCCGGUUAGCUAAAGAGCGCGCUUCAGUUUCUUCUCGCCGUACACCGAUCGUAUCAUCCGCCAGUUACCGCUCGCGCUCGUACCACGAGAACCGCCACCGCCACCGCCACCUCCACCUCCACCGCUCUUUACCCCGCCCCUCGGCCCCCACUCCCGUCGUCCUUCGCCCCCUCCACCCUCAUUUUCUCCUCAUCCGCCUCCGCACAUUUCCUCAUCGCCUCUCCAGCCGCCCAGCGCCAAUAGCCGCUUGCAACACGCAGCGCCACAGCAGCCGGUAGACGCGGCUUACCCACCUGCGCUUAAACUCCCCCCGCGCCCGCCUGCCCUCCGCCUUCCCCCGCCUUCCCCCGCCUUCCCCCCGCCUUCCCCCCGCCUCCCCUCCGCCUCCCCCCCGCCCCCCAAUGGACGACGAGGCGCGCGCGGAGCUGCAGCAGCUGCUAGACGCGGUGAACGGGCCGCAGCCGUGCGGCUACUGGUGGGCCGCGCGCCUGGUGCGCUCGCUCGUGCUCGCGCUCAACCAGUUCCGCGUGAAGGCGCAACGGGCCGCGCGCGCGCACGCACAGGGGCGGGGGACGCACGGGGAAGCGGGGGGCGCGCGCGAGAAGGGGGUGGGGGCGGGGGCGGGGGGGAGGAGAGGGGGGGAGGAGGAAGGGGAGGAGCUGCUUCUGUUCGGGCCUGGACUGGCUUCAGACGCCUCUUCGCUUGAUAGUAGCCUGCAGGCUGUCGUCGCUGCAGCGCGCGCGUUGAUCCAAAGGGCAGGUCCGGACAACUUUCUCCCGCCCGACCUGCUCAAGUCGGAAUCAGAGGGCGAGUCCGACGUCUGGGUCGUCGGCGCGCUCGCCUUCCUGCUGCUCUCUGGCCGCCCGCCCUACGACGUGGGCGCGCCGUCUCUCGCACUGUGCAUCGCUAGGGAAGAGGGCUUUCUGGACCUCUUCUCCCCGCCCUGGGACGCCGUGCCACUGCCAGCCCGGCACCUCCUGGCACGGCUGCUGCGGCACGACUCGGCCAAACGAGCCACGCCCAACGAAGUGCUCAGAAACGAGUGGCUGGUCCAGACCUGUGCGAUUCCCGCCCCUCCACCCACAGCAGCGAUGGCAGCAGGUUCGGCAGCAGCAGGUUCGGCAGCGGCAUGCCCACCAGCAGCAGGCGUGGGAGCAGUAGAAAGCCUUUCCCCUUCAUCACUGACCGCAGCACAAGAACCCUCCGCUGGUGAUUUUCCAAGCAAUGAAGAUAGAGCAGGUGCCAGCAGGGACUCUGUGUGUGCUGGUGCAGGGACAGUGGAGAGAAGUUGGGCUAGGGGAGGUGGAGGGGGGGGGGAGGAAGGGGAGGCGGGAGAGGUGAGAGCGGUGAGAGAAGUGGGAGGAGGAACAGAGGCAGGAGGCCAGGUGGGGGAAAGAGCAGAGAGGAGGAGUGAAGAAGGGGCGGGGGUGGGUGCAGGGAGUGCGGUAGGGGCGGGAAGAGGGGAAGCAGAGGCUUGCGAAACAGUAGGUGGGAUAGACAAGCAAUCUGGUGCUGCGGCUGCUGUUUGUGGUGGUGGCGGCGGUGCUGCUGCUGCUGGUUCCGCUGCUGGUUCUACUGCUGUUGUUGGAAGUGGGGGUGGUGCUGGUCUUGCUGUGGCGGUUGAGUCGGCAGCUUUGUCCCUGGGUGAUGGGGGGGAGUGGAGUCCCUUGAGCCCUGCUUUUGGUCCCAUGUGGCACAAGCCACAGGACCCCCUCUCAGCAACCAGCAGCGGCAGCGGCAGCAGCAUCAGCAGCAGCAGCAGCAGCAGCAGCGGCAGUGGCAGCGGCAGCAGCGGCAGCGGCAGCGGCGGCGGCGGCGGCGGUGGCGGCGGCGGCGGCAGCGGCAGCGGCAGCGGCAGCAGCAGCGGCAGCGGCAGCUGCAGCAGCAGCAGCAGCGGCAGCAGCAGCAGCACUGUUUCCUUUUCCUCUGCUACAGUCAAUAGCAGGCGUAGCACCACUGUCAAUGGAUCGAUCUCAGGAGAAGCACCCGCCCAGGAAAGCACACAGGGCACGAGAGAUGCAGGGAGCUCGGUACACGCAGGGAGCACUGGCAACACUGGCAACACUGGCAGCACCGGCAGCACUGGCAGCACAGGUAGCCGAGGUAGCGUAGGGAGCACUGGAAACACAGGGCAUGCAGUGAGCAGUGCACAGCCACCCACAGACACUCGUGCCUUUGAGUUCUCCCCUCCCAGGCAAACCCCCACCCAGCUCUCCCCCUCCCGCUCCAACCCCGGCCAAUUCUCCACCCUUCCAGCACGCCUCUCCUCUCCACCCAACCACCCCCCACACCUCCCACCACCAGCCACUCCCCCCUCUCUCUCCCCCUCUCGUUUCCGCCUGCCAGCGACCGAUAACCACCUGCCUUUCAGUCCCACCCGCCCCCCUCUUCCGUCCUCCUCCCCUGCCUCCUCCCCUUCCGCUCUCUCCAACCCGAGAAAGAGCCCCACAGGGAGGGAUAGGCUUGCUCCGUCUGCCGCUAGGCCCCCACGAAUGGGCGGAGGAGGGGGAGGAGGAGGGGGUGGGAGCUAUGAGCUGGGUUCUCUUUCCAGUAGGCUGCAUGUUAGCAGCAGUAGCAGCUGCGGCGGCGGUACUGGCAAGGCCCCCCCACCAUACGCACGGAAGGGAGUGCGCUUUCAGGAUCUAGAGGAAGGGGGGCAUGGGGAAGGGAAAGAAGAGGGGGGGAGUAGAAGCGGGGGAAGGGGCGGAGGUGGGGGCGCGGGUCCGGGGGAGCGGGGGGGGGAGGAGGAAGAGGAGGAGGAUGGGGAGUUCUGUGAAAAAAAGGAUGUGGAGAUGUCAUCGGACUAUGCUGCGGCGCUGGCGUCUGCCACUGCGAGAGUGGACAGGCAGCUGCUGCACUCGCUUAGAGGCAAGCCCAAGGGGUUUCCUGGGAACAAGGUGCUGGGGGGAGGGGGAGUGGGUGGUGGUGGAGGAGGAGGAGGAGGAGGAGGAGGAGGAGGAGGAGGGGAAUUGGCAAGAAGAGAGACAGGUGCAGGGGAAGGUAUUGGAGGAUUGGUUGGGAAGAAAUCGGGGGGAGAGGUUGUGGGAGGUCAAAGAGAGGGCGGGGAAAGACUAGAACAGAAACGGGAACCCGAUCAUCAUCAUCAGCAGCAGCGGCAGCAGCAGCAGCAGGAGGAGGAAGAGGAGGAGGGGGAGGAGCAGAGGGACGUAUUAGACGUAGCCCAGUUGGUGCCACUGGUAUCGGUGGGGGAUCACACCGUGGACAACCUUCUAGGGAACUUUGCAGUGGAGCUGGCAGCAGACGAAUUCCAAUUCCAAUUUCAAGACGAAGAGGCGGCAGACGAAUUCACUGCAGUGAAUCACUCAGAGGGAGCCACAGCAGCAGCAGCAGCAGGAGCAGCAGGAGGAGGAGGAGGAGGAGCAGGGCAGCAACCAGGCAGCAGCAGCAGCAGCAGCAGCAGCAGCAGCAGCAGCAGCAGCAGCAGCAGCAGCAGCAGCAGCAGCAGCAGCAGCAGCAAUGCACACACUGGUGGGCACAGCGGCGGCAGAAACAGCAGAGCAGGCAGAAGGACAAGCGAUGCAGCUCCCUUGAGCGGAGUUGAUAACACUGAUAGCAGUGGUGGUGGUGGUGGUGGCGGUGGAUUCUCUUUAGACAACUGGCAGGCCAGCUUAGACUUGGACGAGUUGCAGGGACUAGAAGGAGGGGAGGCAGGGCCAGGAAAGGGAAUAGACGGUAACAGCUCGGAAGCAGCAGGGUUAGGGAGAAGGAGAAGAGACGGGCGAGGGGGGGGAGGGGGUGGGGGAGGAGGAGGAGGGGGAGGAGGGGGAGGAGGGGGAGUGGGGGGCAUUGGUCCUUUAGAGGUGCCGGAUGGGGAUGGGGAGGGAGCAGGAGCAGAGCCUGCGAACACAGAUGGGCCGUUGGGGAUUGAGCAGUCCAUGAUUGUGGAUGGCUUGGGCCGGCGCUUGCUCAAGUCGCCAGUAGCUAGCACGCACCCCCGCAGAAGGCACGGCCGCUCAUCCCAUGUCUUCUGCUGACGAUAUCACUAAUUCUUUCCUCUCUUGCCCUCUACUUUCUCU